AGUAUAGCAUAUUUAUAUCAAACAUUGAAAGAUGAGAUUAAUUGGAUUGUAAUCUACUUUACUACCUUCGAUGAAAACAAUUAUAUACGUACUUAAUCGUGUAUGACAUGUGCGUCAUGAUAAAGUGCUAAUAUUAUCUUUAAAAAGAGUUAUGUGUAUUAACGGAAAAAUAGAAUUGUUGUCGUUCGCAGGUACACUUGUUCGGAGAUUUAAAGACUUUGCGCCUAAGUUAGUUCUUCUAGGCUGUAGUUAAUGACGUAACGUACUCUUAUAUCAACAAACUACAAUUGAUCAAAACAUAAUUUUAACGAAGAGAUACUAUCGAAAUCAUCAUUGAAAUUAAGGGGGUGAACAUAUGUACCUGUUUAAAUCGACAGUUAUAAACCACUAGAUUUACCAGUCAGUUGAUCAAAUGCGAUUUAAUGUCCUCUAGUGUUUAGCUUAUUUGAAGUUUACUACGCUCACUUCGGUCUUUCGAUCGAGAAGAAAAAGGAUUCACCCGGUAAGUUGUGGUUGCUGAUUCGUCCAAAAUGUGUGUGACAUAGGUAUAAAAUCCGGAUUCCAAGACGUGUUCAACGCAACUCUUCGGUUUAGAUGCUGUGGAAUAAUUGCAAAAUGGAGAAGUGUCCGGAUAAUAGACGGGUCAGUCGAAGACGCCUUACGCUGGCUUUAAUAGUGGAUGUUAUACUUUUCCUUAUAGUGGGAAUCCCGGUUCUUUACUUGUUCCUUCAGGGCCAGCCUUUUAUCCAAGGCUUCCUUUGUGAUGACCCUUCCAUCUCCCUCCCUUACCGUCCCGACACCAUAAGUACACCUGUACUUAUCUUCGCCGGCGUCGGGACUUCUAUCUUCUGUGUCGUUAUCGUGGAGGUUUUAAACGCCAUCAACAGGAAGUAUAUACGCGCAUGUCCCACGCGCGAAGAUUUCUGGUUCAUUGCUAAGGGCUACUCGGUGAUGGUCGUCGGGUUCGUGGUUCAAGAGCUGUUUGUCGAAUUUUUGAAGAGACAACUUGGAUUCUUGAGACCCAACUUCAUGGACGUGUGCCGUCCGCAGUUCAACAGAUCACUAUGCCCCGCCUACAUUACCGAGUACACGUGCAGCGGAAGCGAUCACGACGCCGACGAGAUUCGUGACAGCCGACAGUCAUUUCCAUCCGGGCACUCAGCCUUCUCCCUGUACAUCGCAGUUUUCUACUGCUUUUACAUACAGAGACGACUCCACGUCAGUUUCUCACGAAUUCUGAAGUUCUUCCUGCAAGCUGCUCUCGUCUUCACUGCAUCCAUAUGCGGCUUGAGUCGUAUCAGGGACCACAAACACCAUGCCUCUGACGUCAUCGUCGGAUUUACCGUCGGGGCAGCAGUUGCCGUCUUUGUGUAUAAGCUUUUGGCGGAAAACCUGCUCUCCACAUCUUUAGAGGAUGACGUCAGCAAAUCAUCCAUGUCAACAUCGACAGUGUCACAUGACUUAUGUUGCACAUGCGCAACAACAAUAUCUUCAAACGUCGAAUCGCAUACGCCUGCCCCAUUACUCCAAAACGGGUACUUUAAUGACGUCCCAAACACACUCGACGAAGGCAGGCAUACGUCGUUAAAACUUAAAAAGAGUUCUCCCGUUCGUCGCCCUUUGUCAACACCAGUAACAUUAUCAUCCCAACAAGAACUGGUUUGAAUUUACACACGUGUUUUAUAUAAGUUUUUCUGAACUCGUGUAGCACAGAGAAUUUGUUCUCGAUGGAGUAGUAACCGUUACGAAAUUUGUUAAUCUGGUUGGAAGAACGUUUCUUACAAAAAUUUAAAGCACGCUCUAACUAAAAUUAUCAUCAUCAAAAUCAUCGUCAUCAUCCUAUUUGUCGUCGUCGUCAUCAUCUUCAUCUUUAUCCUUAUCAACAACACUAUCAACAAGAACAGCAGUGUUAAACAAUAUCAUAAUUACCAUUACUAAACCUUUUUUUCGUACUAAUCACCAACCAACUUUCGCGUAGACCAAUGUCCUUUUUUUGUCAAAGGGCUUCAAUCUUAUCCGGUCUUGGUUAUUGACCUUCGUCAGAGAAUAUGAAAUGAAAACUUCUCGAGCAAUCGAUUGUCUAUAAGAAACGACUACUACGGAUAUAUUAAUUGUGUCAAUAGGGUUUAUUUGGUCUUUGUAAAAUUAUUUUUAUUGGAACUCACUCGGUGAUAGGAAAAGACACUUUGACUUCUCAAAGGUAUCUUACUAAGCACUUGACAAAUUAACUUAUCAAAUGGAUUGUUAUAUCAAUAAUACCAGCGAUAUACAAUAAAUAAAAGAACAUUCGAAUAAGUGUGAACAUGUUCCAUGUAUACAUCACACAUGAAAGAUGAGGUUAAAUAAUGAUUAUUUUGAUAUUUGUGUUGUGUUAAAUGCAAUUACAUAUUUGUGGCAUUAAUUGUCCGAUAUGAUAAAUUGUGUUUAUUUUAUUUGUAUACAUGUGUAUGUGUGUUGACGGACUAAACACUGGACUUCUUGUCAUUCGCAAGUAAGUUUUCUUAAACAAAUGGCGUCUAGCGUAUUAAUAAAAAAACUUAGUCAGUAUUGUUAAAUGAAAAACUCUGUCAUAUGAAUAUAAUGUUUAUUAUAUAAAAGUACAACAUA